AUGUGGACAACAAACAAGUAUGACUUGAAAGCUGACACGCAAGUAGGAGCAAUCAACACGAACUCUGGUCUCAGGAAGAGAUAUAACGAAGCCCUCGGUUCCCCCGCUUCUUCUGUCCUUCCCAGAUAUCGUGCGAACACCAAGCUCGCACAUAAGCACAAGUCAAGUCCAUUCACCAAGUACCAUCUCGCACAAGCUCUCGAGUACGACGACAACUCGUCUACCCUCACACAAGAACAAAGUCUCGUGUCACCACAGAGCCAAGGCACCAUGGUGGUCACAAAUCCGUCGAAGACUCUGCUCGUCCUUCUCUGCCUCCUACUCCUCCCUCUCCAGAGCAACGCUAUCAACACCGGCGUCGACCUCUGCUUCUACCCCAAAAGCCAUCUAGAUCCCUGCAGCCCCCUCCAACUCUCCUACUGCUGUAACGACGUCACCCCCAAUUUCUGCUGCACCAACACUCGAGGUCCACGCUGGUGCGGCACAAUGGAAGCUCGCAAUCUACAAAACAAUCACCAAAUGGUCAAUUUCUUCAAAGCAGACCAAUGUGUUCGAGGGAACUUCGACUCCUGCUCAAUGGCCGACACUCACGACUCGAGAUGCUGCUCGAAGAACUGGUGGCAGUACCCGCGGAUGGAGCUGGGUGCUGAGAUGCAAGAGUGUAGUAUCAGAUUGGAGACUGCGAGGGAGGAUGGGACUGUUCCGGAGCAUUUCGAUUAUGGUGAUACAACGGAUUCUGAGUUGAGCUCAAGUCGUCCGGGAUCGUCUGGUGGCCCACCCGGCCCACCUGGCUCUCCUGUUGGUGCUGCUGCAAGACCGUUUGUGAAUGGCUACCAUCCUAACAACGGCAUGCCAUACAUGAACGGUGGCAGAUAUGGAGCCCAGAGUGGUGGUGUAGCGGUGGAGUCUGGAACUACAAAGAAGAAUGGCACGGAAAGUAUGAAGGGCCAGACGAAGAGGGACGAGGAGAUGAAAUGUGGUACUCCCACCCUCUUGCGCUAUAGGAAUGGUGAUGGCAAGGAGCAAGAGAUUCUGUUCAAAGAUGAGAACUUCGAUCGGUUGGUCGACCUGAUAGAAGCAAGGGAUUGGAAGGCUUUGGCGAAGUACCAUAACGGCCGGCCACGACUUUGA